AUGCAUACCAUCGCACCACUUCAAGGCAACAGUUGCCGGCUGAAUCCGCUUAAGCCUGAGCAUUACGGUGCUAUAGAACCUCAUCUCCGUUAUCCAACAUUUGUUUCUUGCCCGGAAAAGUCAAAUAUUUAUCUAUUUGACUUCGUAUCCUCAUCUGGUCCCAAAACGGACGGUCCUCACCUAUUCACCAAUAGCGACGAUUUCGGAUCUCAUAUCGCGACUACGUCCAAACCACACACACGUAUAGUGUCAAUAUGUUGUCAAAAUUCAAUGCGGCCCCUCGGAGUCACCGAACAAGCGAUGCGAACUCUCAUAAACACAUACGGCAUCGACGCGACCCUUCUUGACCUCGUAGUAUCCUUCGGCGACAAACCACAAAGUGCUGAUGCAGGACACGGAGCAAUGACAGUGAGACAGAAGGAAGAUGGCUCAUACGACAUGCAAUACCUAUUUACAUAUGCAGAGAGCAAUGCGGCUCAGGGGAGUGUUCCAUGGACGAUCCGACAGACAUGUGUAUUUCACCGGUAUAAUCCUGCAGGAUCCGGCAAUCUCUGGGUCUUCUUUCACGCGAGACCACGAUCAAAGAUGCAGCAGUUGAUCGAAGCUGAGAUCACUUCACAGCACGCAGGCGUGUUUAAGAGCUGGUAUUCGAUGCAUUUACUCGUAUUUUCGGCAUAUAUUGGUAACUGGCGCUGGUGUAUCCGCAGUCUGGGUGAGGAGAUCGAGAGUACUGUCAGUCUGAAAUGCGACCGAGUCUUUGCUGAUGACCACGGAAUAUUGACACCGCAAUACCUGGGAGACAAGCUCCCACCGCUCUCAUCUAGACUACAGGCUGCGUUAGAAACCAUUCGCAAGCUGGCUGAAAUCAAUACACUUUUCCAAUCCAAGGGGUUCACGACUGAUGAUGACUCUCAACGAUUGGCAAGCGAGAUGGCGUACUACAAAACUACUAUCGAGGGGUACCUGAGAAGCGUGGAAGUGCUCGAAGGAAAAGUCAAAGGUAUCUCAGACUUGAUGGCAGUUGCCCUCAACCUGAAAGGCCAAACUGUAGCCAACGAGAUUAACGACAAGAUGCUACAGCUCACCAGCGAGGCAUUCGAGGAUAAUGCUACUGUCCGGGUCGUCACGCUAGUUACCCUCAUCUACCUCCCUGCUAGCUUCGUCUCGACUCUUUUAGGAAUGAAUCUCUUUGACUUCGGAGAUUCAAAUGAGAAAGGGUUCACAAUCUCGAAGCAGUUCUGGAUUUUUGUUGUAGCAGCAGUACCACUUACGAUGCUCACCCUGGGGUCUUGGUAUAUCAUCACCAAACGGCAGGUGAAGCUGCGGCAGAAGAGGAAAGAGGAGAGAGCAGCAAGCCAGAUGUGUUGA